AUGCCUCCCAAAUACAAAUGUCGAUGGAAAGACUGUACCUUCGAGUGUCAUAGUCACAAAGAUCAGAAAAGUCAUCUUUUCAAGCAUUUUGGAGUCAGCAAGACCUUCUGUGAAUGGAAGGACUGUAACCAACUGCUGGGCACUUCCAACAUUGCCAAGUUUAAGCAUAUACAAGAUCAUUUAAGUUGUGUCAGUUAUGAAUGUGAUAAGUGCCGCAAAGUGUUUGAUAAUGGAAUGGAGAUGGAAAAACAUGAAAAGGAGGGUCAUUUGGAUAAGGUACUGUUUUUGGACCUUUUUUUGAGGGGGGGAGGAGGUUGAUAGGGGGAGGGGGGAGGAAUGAGCAAGGCAGGGUAAAAAAAAGUGGGUCAUAAAGUAAUUCGAGAUUGCGAAAGAAAUGGUAUAUAAUACAUAGAGCAGGGGAUUAGAUAGGGCGAUAAAACAUGGCAAAUAUAAGGCGUGGCAAAAAUAGUGCAUGGGAGAAAUAGGUUGGUUUGGACAUAGGGGUAUUAUAAAAAGAUAACGGUAGAGCAGGGUAAGCUAUGGGGAAAAGUCAGGGUAAGGCACGGUAAAACAUGAGAAAAACACAUGGCAGGGUAGGACAGGGUAGAGCGUAAGAGGGUAUGGUAAGGCAUGGUAGAGCGUGAAAAAAAAGCAGGAAAGGUAGGACAGGGUAGAGCGGGAGCACGGGGGAAAAGACAGGGAAAGGUAGGGUAUGGUGAAAAAACAGUGUAGGGUCACCAUGGGGAAAGACAGGGUAUGGUAAAGUAGCCCAUAGUGGAAAAUCAAGGGUAGGGUAGGGUAGAUAGGGUUAGGGUAGGGUAGGGUAGGGUAGGGUAGGGUAGGGUAGGGUAGGGUAGGGUAGGGUAGGGUAGGGUAGGGUAAGGUAGUGUAGCGUAGGGUAGGGUAGGCUAAGGUAGGGUAGGGUAGAAUAGGGUAGGGUAGAAUAGGGUAGGGUAGGGUAGGGUAGGAUAGGGUAGAAUAGGGUAGGGUAGGGUAGGGUAGGGUCUGUCGCUUUGUCCAAAUGCCGGAUUUGGUCUUUGUUUUGACGCUAGCGCAAAGUUUAACGGUGUCUUAAAAGGCUGAACGUCACGGAUUAUGCCGCUUCAAAUCAAGGACUAAUAUAUGGCUCUUUCAUCUGUCAUUUCUUUAUACAAAAUGAGUGAUUUGGAGCUUCACAGCUGGGCUGGGGAAUUUUUUGUUUAUUUUCUAAAAUUUUUUUUUGUAAUUUGGAGUUGAGCAGAGUAGGGUAACUUAAAAUUUUUUUUAAACUUAAAAUUUUUUAAAUUUUGAUUUUUCAGGCAUACGACAAGCUUCUGUUGCCAGAUAUUACCACCCAACAUGAAAGGCUACAUAACGAACUGCCAGAACUUAUAAACCGCACUAUGAACCUUGGAAUUCCUACUGUAACUAAGCCAGGAGCUCAGAAAGAUCAAAGUUCUACAGUUACUCUACCGCCUACUCUACUAUCCCCUACUCUACCCAACUCUACCCUACCCUACCCUACUCAACCGGUUUCUACCCUACCUUACCCUAACCAACCAGACCCUACCUUACAUCACCCUACCCAACCGGGCAAUACCCUAAAUCACCCUAGACUACCUACAAGCCCUAAAGAUACUGUAGAAUCAACUAAACCUUCAAGUUCAAAACCCACACCUACUGCAUUACAUACAGGAAAUACGGUAGAUACUACAGUAGACCAACCUACCUCAAUGUUACCAUCAGAUUCAGAAGUAGUUUUAAUUUUAUCGACCGCAGUAGCCAAGGAAACGACCCAGUCAGCUUUACCUUCUACUUCGAUAUCUAGCUCACUAUCAACUACGCCAACCAUUCCAGCUACUGAGUUAAGAAGUGGCAUGGAGCUUUUAAUGGAUCUAUUACACAAAAAUGGAGUUACCGUAGACAGUGUUGACAUUACAGUAUCUGCUAGUCAGAUUGAUGGUACUAGUGAUCCGUCUGAUGUGUUUAGUACUAGUGGUACUAUAAAUGAGCUUGAAGACCCUACUAACUUCAAUAGGUCUGGCAUUGCUUACAGUAACCAGUGUAACCAUAUAAACUCAAAUGGAAGUAAUGGAACGAAUUACGGUACCUACAGUAACUUUACUAACCAAAAUCAAUGUAUUAUGAUUUCUGACAACUACAGUAAUCCUAUCUAUCAAAAUAAAACUAGUCAUAGUACUGAACUGUACGGUAUUGGUACAUAUAGUCAAGAUAUUCAGAAUUUUGAAACAAUAGGUAUGGAAGGCAGGAUUCAAGAAGUUAACGAUGAAAAUAUGUCUUUAGAAGGCCAAUAUCAGAAGGAUUCAAACAGUCCAGAAAAAAUCGUCAACUUUAUUCAGCCAUUGACUGUUGAUGUUACAGGUAAAUUUUUUUUGAAACUUAAGCUUAAUUAAAGAGGGUAGGGUAAAGUAUUGUUAACUAAUGUACGGUAUAUUGAUUUGUAAAGAAAGUUCUUGCAAUUUUUUGUUUUGUAAAGAAAGUUCUUGCCAUUUCUUGUUUUUUAAAGAAAGUUUUUGCAAUUUUUUGUUUUGUAAAGAAAGUUCUUGCAAAAGUAGAAAAAUGUUACCUAUUUUUUCAUUUUCAGAGCCCAUGACACUAUCAACUAGCCAGACAUCCCAACCUUCAAACCCUUGCCCUAUUAUAACUACACCUUCUACUAGCACGCCCGACCAUGAUCUACAGUACGCUGUAAAUGAUACUCAAAAACGGCGAAGCUCAGAUGAUGGUGUUAACAUAGAAGACGUGCCUCCAAAGCUGAUGAAGAUUACUGAUGUUCAAGGUCAUGGUCAUGUAACUUUAUAUAAUGCCAACUGGAAUGCACCACAGUUAACAGCCUGUCAGCUAGUGGGACCAGGUGAUACUGUAGAGCAUCUAGAAGGUCACGGAAGUCAAGAAGACAUACUACAAGUUCAAGUUGGUCAGGUAGCUCAAUAACAGGUUCAAGUUGGUCAAUUAGGUAUACCACAAGGUCAAGUUGGUCAAGUAGCUUAUCAACAAGGUCAAGGUAGUCAGCUAAAUCUAAUACAAGUUCAAGCUGGUCAAACAAAUUAUCAAAAAGGUCAAGCUGGUCAAGGAUGUCUACUACAAGGUCAACCGGAUCAACUAGCUCAUGAACAAGGUCAAGUAUCUCAAUUAGCUCACCGACAAAGCCAGGCUGGUCAAGUAGUUCAUCAGCAAGCUCAAGUUGGUCAAGUAGGUUUACUACAAGAUCAAGUAGCUCAUCAACAACCUCAACAAAGACAUCACCCAGUUCACGCGGGUCAAGUAGAUGAACACCUAGCUCGAGCAAUACUAUGUGGUGAACAACAAGCUGAAUUAGAACGACAAAGGUACCAAAAGGCUCAAAUGAUACAAGUAGAACAAGACAAAGCUCAAGUAGUACCAGUAAGCUAUCAACAAGCACAAGAAGUACCAGGAGGGCAUCAACAAGCUCAAGGAGUACUAGUAGGACAACAGCUAGCUCAGGCAGGACUAGUAGGACAACAACUGGCUCAAGCAGUACCAAUAGAUUAUCAAAGAGCUCAACUAGUACCUAUAAGCUACCAAAAUGCUCAAACUGUACCAGUAAGCUAUCAAAAUGCUAAACCUGUACCAGUAAGCUACCAAAAUGCUCAAGCUGUGCCAGUAAGCUACCAAACUGCUCAAGUUGUACCAGAAAGCUAUCAACUGGUUCAAGCAGUACCAUUAUCAUCCACAAGUCCGUAUCAAAUGAACCUCCAACAACAAACUAGUCCUCUUACAAGAAUGACCAACAUAGUGAAUAUGCAAAAUGGUACUAUUCCUAAUCAAGUAGGACCAAAUAUAGUACUGCAAAAUCAAGGUCAGAAUCAUAUAGUACCUGGACAGACAGUAGGACUAAACUUGGUACCAGUAGGACAUUCUGGCUUUAUGGGUAAUGGUCAGUUAGAACAAGCAGUACAACAAGUCUCUUCAAUGGGUUCUACUACAGUACUUGAAAGUCAUGCUAGAGCUAACAUGAUACAUCAACAACAAUUACAACAGAAUCGACAACUAGUAAAUCUACAACAACAGCAAACGGCACAAAAUCAAAUGCCAGUAAUGCCUUCAAAUAUGACUGAAGCACAGAGGUUCGCCUGGAUACAACAAUGUAAUAUGAUGAGGCAACAACUCUUUCUUCAAGGCCUGCAAGGUCAAGUUCAUGGCCCACAAAGCCAAGUUCAAGGCCUGCAAAGUCAAAGUCAUAGCUUUCAAGGACAACGUAAUGGAUUUCAAAGUCAAGUUCAUAACGGUCAAGUUCAUGGACUUCAAGGGCAAUUUCAAGGCUUUCAAAAUCAAGUUCAACACCAUCAAGGUCAAGUACAAGGCUUUCAGAGCCACGGUCAUGGCCCUCAAACUUAUGCUCAAGGCCUGUCAGGUCAAGUUCAUGGCUUCCAUGGUCAGGUUCAAGGCCAGCCAGGCCAUGCUCAAAGUCCAAGACAACUACAAGAUCAGCAAGACCAACUACAAGUUUUUGGUACGAGGCCGAAUAAUAUGGUGCCCAACGGUAUGAUACCAAGUGGUAUGGUGCACAACAGUACGAUGCAAAAUAGUAUGAUGCACAACAGUAUAGUACAAAAUAGUAUGGUACCCAAUAGUAUGAUGCAAAAUAGUGUGGUGUCCAACAGUAUGACUUCAAAUAGUAUGAUGCCUAACAGUAUGAUGCCAUAUAGUAUGGUGCCCAACAAUAUGGUCCAAAAUAGUUUGAUGCUAAACAGUAUGAUGAACAAAAGCAUGGUGCCCAACGGUAUGAUGCAAAAUAGUAUGGUGCCCUACCAAAACCCUCAAGCUAAUCAUCAAAAUCAAGCCAUAAUGAACCGCCAAAGUCCUCAAACUCAGAUGACCAACUACCAUAACCCAACAAACCUUCAACCUCAAAACCCUUACCGUAAUCAACCUCCAUCUUACAGUGCUUACCUACAAGUCCAAGUCAAUACCCACCUAGCUAAAGCUAAAAAGCCAAGCAAAAAAGAGUUGGAAGUUCAAGUAGACGUCUAUGCCAAACAACUUGAACUAGCUAAACAGCAGGCUGAACUGUUACAGUAUGAAAAGAUGGCCUUGCAGCAUCAGCUUGAUAUUGAAAAGAUUGAGGCUUCAAAGAAGGACUUUUAUAGACAACAUGGUAUUAAUGUGAGUAAUGAUUUAGUUACUCCAGCUUCUACUAUGAGCAUGGACAGUAGUACUACUCGACCUACCUCGAACGGUAGUAUUAUGGCGCAGAGUAAUGAAGGUCAAGGUAUGGAUAUGGUACAACAGCCAGUUCAGUAUGGUCAAUACAAUGCCGUUCCAAGCACCGUUCCAACUACCGUUCUAACCACCGUUUCAACCAACGUUCCAACUACCGUUUCAACGACCGUUCCAACCACCGUUCCAACCACUAUUCUAAGCGCCGUUUCAAACGCUGUCAACGUUUUAACUACCGUUCCAACCACCGUGCCAAACACUGUUUCAACGACCGUUCCAACCACCGUUCCAACCACCAUUCUAAGCGCCGUUUCAAACGCUGUCAACGUUUUAACUACCGUUCCAACCACCGUGCCAAACACCGUUUCAACGACCGUUCCAACCACCGUCUGAACCACCGUUCCAACUACCGUUCCAAACCCUGUAGCUUAUGAUACUUUAGUCGAACAUGAACAAGUAAAUCAACAUCAAGAACUACAAAAGCUACAACAAGAUCAGCAUCAAAGCAAUGAUGUUCAGCCUAUGAUACUAAUAGCAGCUCCAGACCUACAUAAGCUACUACAAGAUCAGCAUAAAGAUGGUCAUGGUCAACCUAGUGCACUACUACUACCAGUAGCUCAAGGUCUAGUGCAAAGUAGUACGGCUCAACUGAUGAAGAAUGAUGUACAAAAUAGUACAGUAGGUCCUAAAGCAAAAAGAAAACGUGGUAGACCACCAAACUCAAUAAAAGAAAACGCUGAGUUUAAAUCACUUUAUCAAGAAAGCAAUGGUCUAAAACCAGUCGAGCAAGAAGAUCAGCAUCAAGGCAAUGAUUUACAGCAAGAAGAUUUUGUGCAAGUUAGUACUGCAGAAGCUGGAGAUAGUGUAGUACAGGGUACAACAGUAAACAAAAAAAGAAAACGUGGCAGGCCACGAAAAGUAAAUAACUACAAUAUUGAAGUUAAAUCACCUUAUCAAAAAGGAAAAGCCCUAAAAGAUGUUGAUAAGGAAGGUGAGAGCUUAACAAUGGCUUCUGAAGAACUUGAAAAGCUUAAAUCACUUUACCAAGAAGCUGAAAAGCCAAUAUCACAUAAAAAGAAAGAUGAAGAAGAAGCAAAAAUAUCUGAGAAAGAAGCAAAAGUACUUGAAAAAGAAGCAAAAGUAUCUGAAAAAGAAGCGAAGAUACCUGAAAAAGAAGAAAAGAUAUCUGAAAAAGAAGCGAAGAUACCUGAAAAAGAAGAAAAAGUACCUGAAAAAAGAAGCGAAGAUACCUGAAAAAAGAAGAAAAAGAUAUCUGAAAAAGAAGCAAAAGACUCAUUAAAGCCUUCAAAAGAAGUUAAGAAGCCAAUAUCACAUGAAAAUAAGGAUGAUAAAGAAGCGAAGGUACCUGAAAAAAGAAGAAAAAAGCACAAAAAAAAGCUUCCAAAGGUUGUUGGAAAGGCAAGAUCUGUUGAUAAAGAAGCUUUCAAAUCAUUAUCGCAUGAAAACAAAGAUGAUAAAGAAGCAAAGCCACAUGAUAAAGAAGAAAAAAGCUCAAGAAAGCUUUCAGAACAAACUGAAAAGCCAAGAUCUCUUAACAAGAAGGCUGAGAAACAAGCAAAGACAUCUCAAAAAGAAGAUGAAAAGCCAAGAUCUCUUAAUAAAGAAGCUGCUAACUCAAUAUCACAUAACAAGAAGGCUGAUAAACAACCAAAGCCAUCUCAAAAACAAGAAGAAAAAGCAAGAAAACUUCACAAACACCACAAAAAGUUGCUGAAGAACGCGAUAGAAGCUUCCGAAUACUCGGAAGACAAGAAAUCUCUGUACAAAGAAGCCAAGGAGUCAUUGAAAAAGGUAUUUGAAAGCUCUAAAAGCCUAGAAGACAAAGAGUUAUCUUACCUUGAAGUCAAGAAGUCAUUGCUAAUUGAAGCGGACAAGCUGAGGCAAUGUGUUUCAUCUUUAUCUUUACCUUUGGCUAAGGCACAGAAUACUGAUGGUACGGGAAAUGGUGUCGUUAGUGGUAAGAGUAACGUAGAAGAAACUGUUGAAAGAAGUAAAGUAAAAGCUAUUAAAGGUGGUACAGUAAACGCUACUAAAAGAAGUACUGUAGAAGCUAUUAAAGGCAGUACUAUAGAAGCUACUAGGAAAAGUACAGUAAACCUUAAAAGACGUACUGAAGAAGCUGGAAGCCGUACAGAAGAAGAUGUUAUAAGCCGUACAGUGAAAGCUACUGAAAAAAGGACAGUAGAAGCUGAUGAAAGAAGUACAGCAGAAGCUAUUGAAAGCCUGUUCAGUGCUCCACAAACCACCGUGGAGUCUACUGAGCCUUCUAAACCUAACGUCAUGGCUUCACCUAUUCCUGAUGCUCCUACCAUGAAGUCUUCAUCAGGCUACAGUACUACAUCUACUACAAAAAAACAUUUUCCAAACUACAGUACAACCACUACUACUACUACAAUAAAAAAAUCUACAUCAUCAAACACCGUACUAUCAUCAAAUAUCAAUAACACGUCAGCAGGUAGUAUGACACCACCACCAGCUGAUCCUCAUAUCAGAAAGAGCUCUAGUACUAUCAGUUUUCUUGAAGCUAUUGAAGAGGUAAAGAGAAAUGAGAAAGAUGAUCUUGAUGUGCCUGAAUGUAACAUGGGUUCUAAAGCUACCUCAAAAAAGCCAUGGUCUUCUGAAGCUGCAUCAGGCAAGAAUUGGACUUCCAAAUCCACUUCAGUAGCUCAAUCAUCUUCUGGAUCCAGUUUGGUCUAUAAAAUCCAAAAAACGACCAAAAAUGCUUCACAAAUCGACCAAAACAAGCCCCAUGAAGCUGUAAAACCACCAAAAUCUACCUUCGGCUUCAGACCGACACCCACAUCUAGCAUAAGCUCCAUACCGUCACCUACCUCUACCCUAAUCUCCAGCUCUCCAUCUACAUCUACCAUAAGCUCCAACUCCACAUCCACCUUAAACUCCAAUACCCUCACCAACCCAGCAGACCACCAAAAAUGGCUACAAGAACGGCUACACUGCGCAAGAAUCCAUGUCAAAUCGACCGUGCCAAAGCCAUCAAACGACAAUGAGGAAUAUAUUCGAAAGAUCACCCCGGAACUACAAGCUCUUAUGAACAAGAGCUUUGAAACAUUCAAUGAGAUUCGUGCCCACUACAGAAGCCAAGGCUAUAGACCGUCAAUCUACAAGGAUAAGAAGAUUGUACCUCAUCGUUUGAUCAAGAUUGGAGGAAUUAGAGAGAGGAGAAAGCUGUUUUCGAAGGUAACGAAACUUUUUUUGAAGAAAGUUUUUUUUAAGUUGAGCAGGUAAUUUUAGGCUUAAAACAGAGCUUUAGGCUUAAAACAACAAUUUUACUAUUUUUUAAAAAAUUAUAAGUUUAUCAAAAAAGUUUUAGGAUUAAACAUACAUUUUAGGCUUAAAAAUCAGAUUAGGCUUAUAAAAUAUGCUCAGCCCAGAAUUUUAGGCUUAGGACGCAAUUUUAGGCUUAGCAGAAAAUUUUAGGCUUAACUAGGACCUUUAGUUUCAGAAAACGUAUUUAGGCUUCGAAAAGAGUUUUAGGCUUAACCCACAAUUUUAAGCUUAAUUCCCAAUUUUAGGCUUAAAUCAGAAUUUUAGACUUAAAACAAAGUUUUAGGCUUAAUCCAUAAUUUUAGGUUUAGAAAAGAAUUUUAGUCUUAGAUCACAAAUUUAGGCUUAAAUUUCAAGUUCAGACUUAGAACACAAUUUUAGGCUUAGCUAAGAGUCUUAGGCUGAUUAGAGAACAAUUUUAAGCUUAAAUAACAAUUUUAGGCUUAGAACACAGUUUUAGGUUUAAAAAAGAAUUUUAAGAUUUGCAAAAAGUCUUAGGCUUAUUAGAACAAAAUUUUAGGCUUAACCCACAUUAGGCUUAGGAAAGAAUUUUAGGCUUAGCUAAGAGUCUUAGGCUUAGACCGCAAUUUUAGGCUUGCAAAACAAUGUUAAGUUUAACAAAGAAUUUUAGGCUUACUACUGGUGCCAUUUUUCAAUUUAAAAAAAAUUUUAAAUUUUAAAUUUCAGAAAAAGCUCCACGAACUGAGAACCUCAAAACCAUGUCAAAACUAUAAACUGAAGCGUAUACCUACUGUUAUGAAUGAGUACCGGAAGCAAGAAGACCCCAGAACCGUAUCAAACCAAGUUUUUGCUGCUCGUCAAGCCAACUCAAAGCUGGAUCAACUACUGUCUUUGACUGAAAUGUAG